CCUUGAGCUCCUCCCACCUGUACUCAAGAUAUUUCCCAUCCAGCCUAUCCCCUACCCAAGCCAUCUCCAACGCAGGCCUGCCUCUUUACAAGCUUUGGUCUUCGAACUUCAUCUCCUAUACAAGCCGUCUAACUAACCAUCAUGGCAUCCCCUCCUGGCCCCGCAACCCUUUGGGGAAUCUUGGAGUCCGAGCACUCCCCUAUCUCUGCUCCGCCUGCAGAGAACAUCACCCCUGCAGAGAACAUCAGCGUAGGGGUUUUCGACGUUCCGGCUCCUCAGCCCCCGUUGCCUAACCCAGCCCGCGAGCUCUUCGGUGACGAACUAGAGUUGCUCGAAAUGCCCCCCUGCGAAGGCAGUUUAAUCGCCCGCAUUUUCUACCACACUGCUAGUGCAGAGGAUUUCAUCCGCUUGAAUCACGGUCUGUUCAACAAUGCCUACCCGCAUGUGAGAGACGUUGCGUGCCCGGGCCUUCUCCUCGUGGAAGGUAUCGCUCCUGUGGAGUAUCAGCUAUUCAACGCCGAGGUUGUAGUCCUAGUUGCGCGUGGAAUUACUAUCCUGGUGCAUGUCGAGAUGCUUCGGCCUCUACCCCAUUUGUACUGGAUGUUCGUCGACCCGCGUGAUAACCAACGCCACAGCAUUGUCUACGUUCUCGAGAGCGCCGACGUUUGGAAGAUUGCCCUCAUGGCGGUCUACGGCACUAAAGAUUUCCACCUGAACGAUCUUCGUUAUACCGGAGAGGAUUAUAUUGCAGCAAUCCUUUUGGUACAGCAAUGGGAGGGCCGACAGUAUGUGCUCGACACAAUAGUCGGAUAUUUGAAGACGUACUUUACCCGAGUCGCAAUGACUUUACGCAGCGUCGCUGCUCCCGUCCCGGGCCACGAAAUCAUCGCAAACGCCCAUGAUCACAUAUUGGGAGAAAUUCAAAGAUGCUGGGUCCAAUAUCAGGGCGUUCACGGACGUUUCCGCACGCUUCCUAUGGGGGCAUUCGGAACAUGGGCCGUGUGUGCAAUUUAUCCUCCGCACCUGGUCGGUAGAAUGCACCAUCUAGUUUACGGUUUCCGUCAAGAGAUCGCUUUGGCCCUGGCCAUCCAGGCAAGCGCCCAUAUCUUCGACUACUCCCCCGAAGGAGAGCCGAUCUUCUUCGAGUGA